AUGUCUCGUGCGUUGCUGUCCGAACCUCCAGCCAAAAGGCAACGUGCCCAAGGGGAGGGUGACGGAAACGCCGAUAGGCCGGGCUUGGCGGAAGAAGAUCAAGAAUUUCAGCGUUUGGAAGCGGUAUCAAAUGUCCAGGACGAGCUAAACGCUCUGGAAGAGGAGGAGGCUCAGCAGGUGCUGCUUGUCCACAAGGCGUUUCUGAAGCGCAAGCGUCCGCUGUACAUCAAGCGGCAAGAGGCAAUCGCGCAAGUGCCGGAUUUCUGGCUGAAAGUGCCGUACAUAUCUGACGGCGAUCAGCUCGCGCUGUCGUACCUCGAAGCAGUGGCUGUCCACAAAGCUACCCCUACAGCUGCGGCGGUGGCAGCGUCGGGGGCAGCAGCGGGAGCAGCGGACGGUGGCAAGGGACGGAAGUCAGGAGCAUCGGAGGAGGAGAAAGAGGAGGUGUCGGAGAGUGUCGGAGGGGAGGGGGGGAAGCUGGACGAUGACGACGACGUGGGGUUCCGGGUGACCUUCACUUUUCGAGAAAAUCCGUUCUUCUCUAACUCGGAGCUCUGGCGAGAAUGGGAGCCCGCUGACGAGAAGGCGUCGUUUUCGGUGGUGAACUGGAAGGAUACAGACGAAUCCAGGGAUCUGCAGUCCUGCCUGCUCUGGAACCUUGACCCGGCGCUGCACGAGGAGACGCCGUCCUUUUUCUCCAUUUUCGGCGACGACAUGGAGGAUUACGAGCUUGGAGAGGCGCUGCGAGGAGACAUCACGGACAACCCGCUCGACAUCUACAUGCGGCACGACUUCGACGCAGAAGCAUCAGAGGAGGAAGAGGAAGGCGGAGCCGCGGCGCAGCCCGAGGGAGACGGGGAGGGAGGAGAGUAUGAUAGUGGUGUCAACCAAAUCGGCGGCGGGUUGGAGGAGGGUGGAGGAGACACGAUUGUCGAUGAAGGAUGACGGUCGAUCGCGGUUCGAGGAAGGGAUUGGUGCAGAGGGUUGAAAUUUUGACUCGAUUCCGGGCGGGAUUUCGCAGAGGUUUCGGGCGGGGGGGGGUUGCCCUCGGUCACACAUGCGCGGAGAACGAGCGGAGGCACACAGCAGGUAGAGAAGCUGCGACGAUUCGACAUUUCGUGUGCCAUGUGUUGGGCCUCCCGUAGUGUAUGCGUAGAUGUUGUUACAUGUUCGGCGAGAGAAGGUGCCCCGUUCCGCGUGUUGUUUCAUUGGCGUGCGAGUUUGUAUGUAGGUGAAUGUGUGUGUCGUUGGCUCCUCUAUCAUCGCCCGACGCCGCUAGCCGGCCACCGAGUGAAAAACACGACGACGGCCUCGGCGGGCAAAAUGAUGCAAGAAGGUCUUUUGCCCAGCGGCGUGUGUGAGUGAAUUCUUUACAUGGUCGCAAGUGGCCCAUGAUGUGAACAUGUUUCGGGGAGUCUUUUGCGUCGCCAUCGCUUGAACCGGAGCACUGACGAAAUCGUGGUACCCUCCGUCUACACGCGGUGGGGACGACAGAGAUAAACCGCCCAUUAUACAGUGAACGCUUUGUUGUCCUCCGGGGGGCAGAGUGGGCGCGUGCCCCGAAGUUUGGUUUGUGGCGUACUCCGGCUGGCUGUUGGAAUUUCGCUGCAGAGAAUAUUCGGUCACUUACCAACACGGGGGCGGUUGCUUGAACGGGAGCACUGACGAAAUCAUCAUAGCCUCCGUCUACACGCGGUGGGGACAGAUGAACCGCCCAUUAUACCGCGUAAACAAUUCGUUGUCCUCGGGGGGACAGAGUGAGAGUGAGAGUGAGCGCGGGGGUAAUGAGCGCCCCGAAGUUUGUUUUUCGACAUAUCUGGCUGUUGGAAUUUUACUGCAGAGGGUAUUCGGUCACCGAGAGGGGGCGGCGGUUGUCGUUUACUACAGGAUUGAGACCGGGGGGUGGCGAAGGCAUGGAUGAGGGCCGCUAGAAGGGACUUCCUGCUCUUUCGAUGUUCUGAUGGUGAUGAGAGGGCAAGAAGACGCACAUACUGUUUUUCGUUUCUACAACUUGUGCUUUCGUAAAUCACAAAAAGCGGACGUGGUGACGGGUAUUGAGGUAUUGAUGCGCUGAACGCAGGCAGGAGAGCGUUGC